GCGAGCGCACUGAUCAUGCACAGUCGACUGAGCUCAACUUCUAACUGCAUCCUCCAACACACACACACACACGGACUCAUUUCUAACGGAACUGAUGGCACACAUGCACACAUCCUGCAGCAGAUGUGCUCCACACCAGAUGUUCUAAUAUCUGUAGACUGAACGGCGCAUUUUGGGAACAAGUUGGAUACUGAGUGGCAUCGUUUCCAGUUGGACUUCAGAAGACUUUUUUCUGAAAAGCUGAAGAUAGAGGUACCUUGCUGUGUGUGUGUGUGUGUGUGUGUGUGUGUGUGUGUGUGUGUGUGUGUGUGUGUGUGUGUGUUUUUGGACUGUAAGUAUGCAGGGCUUUUAAGAGUUUCCAGGUUACUGUGAUGCCGCGUUCGCAUUGCGCCGGUUUGCGCUUCUCCUUCCAUAAACCGAUACAAGCGCAAACUUUGUGACUUUUGCGCAUCACAGCUCCACAUCAUGGCACUGACCGAGAACUGUCGGAUUUAUCAGGCUCCCAAAGACUCGAGCCAAACUUCCGAUGUGAUCGAGCUGAACGUGGGUGGACAGGUGUACUACACCCGGCGCGCCACCCUGACCAGCAUGCCCAACUCAUUACUGGCCAAAAUGUUUGCAUCCAAAAAGGAGCCGCCAGGAGACAUGUCUCGAGACACGAGAGGACGAUGCUUCAUUGACAGGGACGGUUUUUUGUUCCGAUACGUGCUGGACUACCUGCGAGACAGACACGUCGUCCUUCCAGACCACUUCCCGGAACGAGGGCGGCUCAAGCGCGAGGCUGAAUACUUCCAGCUUCCCGAGCUGGUGAAGAUCCUCACCCCGGAUGAAGGCAAGCGGGCAAACUAUGACGAGUAUCCGCACAGUGAUCUGGACGACGUGUCCCAGGGCAGCGAUCAGCGGUCGUACCCACCGGCAUCCCACCGGCGCUACGGCUUCAUCACAGUCGCGUCGGCGCGCGACGCCUGCGUCCCCGACGCGAAGGGCGCACGAGCGCCGAAACUUUUCGUCUGCGGCAGGAUCGCACUGGCUAAAGAAGUGUUCGGGGAGGCGCUGAAGGAAAGCAGGGAUCCCGGGAGACCUCCGGAGCGCUACACGUCCCGCUUCGUCCUCACUUUCGUCCACGCGGAGAGGGCGUUCGACCUGCUCGCGGAGAGCGGCUUCCGACUGCUGGCGUGCAGCUCGGCACUCACCGCUCCGCUUUACGCGGCGCAGACCGACGACAGGCAGUGGUGCAAGUGCACAGAGUACGUCUUCUACCGUGGACCAUCAGCUUGGUCAUCCUCUCACUGUGAGUGCUGUUGCAAGAGCCAGAAGAGUGAGCGAGAGGGUGAGAGUGGCACGUCCUUCAACGAACUAUCCACUUCCUGUUCCGAGACCCAAUCAGAGGCCAGUUCUCCACAGGAGACAGUGAUCGCUCGUCCCAUCUCCCAGCAACACCACCACAUCCAGACCCUGGAGCGUACUGUAAAGAAAGGCCCGGCCCAAGCGAUGCAGACGGAGACGCGUCGGAGGACGGAGCUUUUGCGCACUCGCACCACAGGCCCCCGUGACCACAUGACCCCAUCCAAGAGGAAACCCACUAAGGAGAAGCUCACGCCAGAGCAAGAGCUGCAGAAAUGCAUCCAGGACUUUAGACGCAUUCGGAUUCCUGAACGUUUCCCGGACAGGAAGAACACGUGGCAGUCUGAUCUCUUGAGGAAGUAUCACCUGUGAAGCAUGAACGAAGGGAAAGAAAGAACGAUGGUGAAAGGAGAAUGAAGGAAACACAAUCUACCUAUCAGUGCUUAAGAUCUCACUUUGAUUUGCACUUCACUUGAGCACAAUUUCUCGCUCUAAUCUUUGAGUAAGUCGCAUAAUGCACACAAAAGAUGCAGUUAACCUUGGGCGACUUGCACAGGUUCUGUUACAAAGCACAAUUACUUGAGCUGCAAAUCAAUUUCACAGUGUCUAAAUGAACCAGCCUUUUAAAGAACACCGUAGAAUGGGUUGGACAUGCAUUAAAUGAGCACAAAUCGACAUGUUAGCAGCGCACGCAGAGCACUGCACGAAUCAGACACUUCUCUUGUAGUCUUGAGCACAGGAUUUAACGCGUGAACACGGAGAAAGAAAAAAUAAUAAUAAAAAUAAUUCGGUGUUAGACUUGUGGAUGGAUUGGAUGUUUAAAACAAAGUUUUCCCCUUUUGAGAAUUUAUUUUGCUUAUCACCAACAUUCCCUGUUCCCAGUGCAUGCUUUACAGGCAUUACAAUUGCAAUAUAGAGUAAUUGCCUCACCUCCUAUGGACUAGUGCUAUAUAUUAUUAUGCCCUGCAUUAUUCGCUGACGCUGACGUUUAGGGAAAAAAUUAAUAAAUAAACCAUCACAUCUAAAUGAAAAUGUAUCUAAAACAAUAGAGCAGCACAGAUUUGCUAGAUUGUUUUCUCGUCGUGAACAUUUUUGUCCAGAUUAUUAUUUGUAUUGUAUCUGAUCUGGUUUUGCCUCGGGGGUAUAUGACGAAUCCCUUAUUGUGAAUGUGCAAUGAUUUAUUAAAUGAAGUGAG